GUCCACCCGUCCCUCUCGUCACUGCCUCCUUGACCUGACACAACCUGUCCACCUUCUCUCCCACCUAUCUGCUCCUCCCACCUCACAGACCAAUCCCCACGACUGCCCACCUGCACUCACCUAUCAUCAUCCCACCUACCUUCCCCAGUCACACCCCUCAUCUCUAUUUAUUUCAGAUCCUCCUUCCCCCUCCCCCGUUUCAGAAGAAGGGUUCCAACUCAAAAUGUCAAUUUUCCUGCUCCUUUGGUGCUACCUGGCCUACUGUGCUCCUCCAGCCCCACACUCUUGUUAUCAAGUGAAUGCAAAUGUUUACCAGAUAGAUUCUAAGUAAGCCAUGAGGAACUUCAAAGUGGUAGCAGGGUAAUACUUCACUGGAGGUUUGAGGACCUACACGGCUUUUGCUUCUAUUAUUUCUAUUCAGACAAUUUAAAAUAGAUCUUCUAUGGUGUAAAACUGGUGUUUUCUUUUUCCUCUUAUGUGCAAUUUGAUAUCCUUUUGUUGAAAGUGCAUGGGCAAUCUCUAAUGGAUAUGUCUAGUGACGGAUCACAAUGAUCCACAAAUUACAAAAAUAGUAUUUAUGGUCUAUUGUCCAUCAAUUUGUGUAUGGUGGGUGUGCUGUUUAUUUGGAAGCUUUAUGUCGAGCCUAUUGCAAUCAAUACGAUGAUUUCAGGAACAUGACAGACAGCAUCAGACUAGAUACUAUCUGAGUGGAGGCACAACAAGGUCCUGCUUUUAGAAGAUAUUAUUCAGCCCCAUGUGUUGUUGCACUGGCCCAGGACUUUAAAGGAGCCCUGUAACCCAUGGAUUCUAUCUAUGAUGACAAAUCCCUGGUUCAGUCUUGCUUUGUCCAUACAAGAGUAAAUAAUUAUAGUUAUUAUUAACAUUAACAUAACAGAUGUGCCAAUAUUUCAAAUUGCAACUUCUUUAUAGUUUUGAAAUCCAAAUUAAAAUCAGCAUUUUGUGCUUCCAUUUUUCUCUCUAUCCUCCCACGCUCCCUCUCACAAAGCCGUCUCUCUCCAUCCCACACUACUUCUGACUAUGGCAGCUGUUACUAGUAGUCAGGACUCGUGUGGUACAGUGGCAGUGGUUCUACCUCUGAGCCAGGAAACCCGGGAUCAAAGUGUUCAAAAUAGGUAUUAAAAGGCCGAGGCAAUAGGCCAUGGAGGGAAUGGCAGCACCCAAUUGCCUACCUCUUGCAUACUUAUGUCCAUGCUCAGAUAUCCUCAGUGAGAGAGUAUGCGGUAUCAACUGGCAUGUUUCACGCCUUCCACAACUAGUGGCCACUGUGGGGCUAGGGUGCAUUAUCAUGAUGUUGUACUAGUAUAUUAACAUGAACCCUAUUGGCAAGUUCAUGACGCAUUAUCAUUUUGGAAACUUGAUUCUAAAGAGGACAGAACCAUGUGUAGCUUUAACAAGGGUUUUGUAAAGACCUCUCUCAAAUACUUGAAACAAAAUUCCAGAUAAUUCUGCCCUCUUUAGAGUUAAAUUUCCAAAUAAUAAUGUGUCAUGAAUAUUUAGGAUCUAGAGGAGCUGGACAAUCUACUUCACCUUUUAGUGCCUAUGGUGGCCAUUGCGUGCUGUACCAUUGCAUCUUCUGAGGCUUUCACAUCAGAGAAUGGAAUGAGUUCCUUGGGGCUUGUAGCUGAAGCAUGUAAAAGUUUACCUGUGCAGGAGGUGAGAAGGAUAAGAUUUAUGGUCAUAUUUCAAAUUCGUUGUGAUUGCAAGCACACAGCAUUCCAUGGUAGCAGAAUCUGAAAGAGCAUUGAGACAUUCCUAGGUGUUUGCAUGCUAGAAUUAGUGAAAUUCAUAUUUUCUGGAACCCUCAAUCAAUUUGAGUCCUUACUAUCUCAAGUAAAAGAUAUUUCACCAGUAGGGUUGAAGGCUCUCCCCUAAUCCUCUUAGAAACCUUCUGUCUCUGUUGCUGACAAAGCCAUCCUUGUCCGGACAAAUGGUGCAGCCCCACUCGUUUACAGGAAACCCUCCUCAAUGGCUGUGAGGAUGGCCAGGUCGAUGCCUCCACCUGAUCUCUUCUUUUUCUUGUUGCCAUGUGCCAACUUUUCCUGCAAUUAAAUGUGAUAGAGCAUUGAUAUGCAUCCUCAGGGGCAGUCAUUUCUCCUCAAUAAUUUUUUAAAAUUCACUCUUAAGAUGUGGCUGUUGCUGUCUGGCCAGCAUUUAUUGCCUGUCCCUAGCUGCCCCUGAGAAGGUGGUGAUGAGCUACAAUCUACUGGCUGUAGGUUAACCCACAAUACCCUUAGGGAGGGAACUUCAGGAUUUUGACCAAGUGGCAGUGAAGGCGAGAGAUAUAUUUCCAAGCCAGGAUAGUAAGUGACUAGGAAGGGAAUUUUAUACGAUUGAAAUUCCUAUGUAUUUGCUAUCAUUGUCUUUCCAAUGGUUAUGCAUUUGGAAGGUGCUGUAUAAGAAUCUUUGGUGAAUUUCUGCAGUGCAUUUUGUAGAAAAUACACACUGCUGCUUACUGAGUAUUGGUGCUAGAGGGAUUGGAUGUUUGUGAAUAUGGCAGCAGUCAAGUGUGCUGCUUUGUCUUGGAUGGUGUCGAGCUUUUUGAGUGUUCUUGGAGCUGCAGCCAUCCAGGCAAGUGGGGAGUAUUUCAUCAGACUCCUGACUUGUAUCUUGUCGAUGAUGUCCAGGCUUUGGGAAGUCAGGUGAACUACUCACUGCAUUGUACUUAGCCUGUGACCUGCCCUUGUAGUCACCGUAAUUAUAUGGUAAGCCCAGUUCAAUUUCUAGUCAGUGGUAACCCCUGUGAUGGGGAUCUAUGAGUGACGGUAAUGCCUUUGAAAUUCAAAGAGAAUUGGUAGAUUGCCUGGUAUUUGUUUGGCAUGAAUAAUACUUCGCACUUUUUUGACCAAGCAUUGAUGUUGUCCAGGUGUUGCUGCAUUUGGACGUGGACUGUUUCUGUAUCCAAGGUGUCUUCAGUAGUGCUGAAAAUUGACCAAUCAGCAGUAAGCAUUAAAGUGUACACUAUAAUCGCAUAGUGGACAUCUCACUUGUAACCUUACAAUGAUGGGAAGGUCAUCAAUGAAGCAGCUGAAGUUGGUUGAGUUGAGGACACUACCUUGAUGAACCCAAGCUGAUGGGGUUAAGAUGACUGACUUCGAGCAAGCACAACUGUCUUACAUUGUGCCAGGUAUACUUCCAGCCAGUGGUUUUUCCUGAUUUCCAUUGAUUCCACCUUUGCUAGAGCUCCUGCAUGCCAUAUUCAGUCAAAUAUGGUCUUGAUAUUAAGGUUAGUCACUGUCACUUUACCGUCUCAGUUGUGAACUUCACGUCCUGCCAAAUCAUUGCUUGGGCAAUUAGCAGAGCUGAAUCUAAUGGCUUCAAAUCUGUUUUAUUCCGACCUAGACCUCUAGAUGAUGUAUUUUGACAUUUGUGAACUCUCUCCUUACACUUUCAGGCGUUAAAUUAGAUGAUGACCAGAUGAUACCUUCUUCACUUAAAGAAAUAUUCCACUGUACUAGAGAUUUAUAGAAUAUGUUCAUUUCAUGAGUGAAUGAAACACAGAAAGGAAGAGGCAUUACCAUGUCAUUGAUGGAGUGAAACCUGGAUUGGACGUUACUGAAUAAACCAAAAUGGUCCUAGUGUUCCCCAAAAUUUCCCUGAAGCCAGAGGUGGAGGCGUAUCUCCUAAGUGUCUUUAAGAAUAAAGAGAUUUUGGCAACUUUACAAUCUGAACAGUCCACGUUUAAAUUUGAAACUCUAUUGAGCCGUUUAUCGCAUCCUCCAGCUUUCACAUGCAUCAGGGUCAAUACUUGUGCAGCCUCCACUGAUGAAGUUAAAAAGCUGUUGAGGGAAGAGAUCCAGAAGCAGCGUAAAGGAUGGCCUAUGAGUGAUAUUCCUGUACUGGAACAUCCAGAGCUUCCAGAUGUUCUUCUAAUACCAGUUAUUGGUCCUAGGAUAAAUCUGCAGAGGCAUUCUAUUGAAGUGGUUGUGGGAGCACAGUGUGGGAAUGCUGUACUUCGUGGAGCACAUGUUUUUAUUCCUGGCAUCCUCUCAGCUCCAAAAUUAAUGAAAGCUGGAGGUGCUGUUUCUGUAUAUUCCGAUAUUAGUGGUAAAUGUAAACGAGGCGCAGUAGAGUUCGUGGGAUCAAAAAUAUUUGUAGGGAAUGGAAUUGCUGAAAUAAGUCGCAAUGAAAUAUUUUGCUCAAACUGCACUUUAAGGGGUGUGGGAAUUAGAAUGACAGAGCCAGUUUAUAUCAGCCCAUCAUUUGACAACAUCUUAUCUAGUUUUGUGUUUUUACAGAACUUGCCAUCUGUGGUAGUGAGUCAUGUGUUGGAUCCUAAACCUGGAGAGCGAAUCUUGGAUAUUUGUGCUGCUCCUGGUGGAAAGACUACUCAUAUUGCAGCAUUAAUGAAUGAUAAGGGGGAAGUAAUAGCAAUGGAUAAAAUUGCAAAUAAGGUGAAGAAGAUAAAGCAGAAUGCUGAGAAUUUACAACUGAAAUGUAUUAAAGUGUUUUGUUAUGAUGGAACAAAAGCACUGGCGAAAGAAGGCAUUUGGGAUGGGCAAGCUGGACCUCCAUUUCCACCAGAAUCUUUUGAUCGUAUUCUUCUGGAUGCACCUUGUAGUGGAUUAGGUCAGAGACCAAAUAUGGCCUGUGAUUGGAGCUUAAAGGAAAUCACUUCCUAUCCGCCAUUGCAGCGAAAGUUGUUUCGAGUGGCAGUGAACUUACUAAAACCUGGAGGCAUUUUGGUGUAUAGUACUUGUACAAUAACAUUGGCAGAAAAUGAAGAACAAGUUGCCUGGGCACUCGAUUCUUUUCCGUGCUUAAGUCUACAGCCACAGGAACCUCACCUGGGGGAAGAAGGAAUGAUGGGUGCUGGACUGUCCUAUGAUCAGCGGAAAUUGCUGCAGAGGUUUGAUCCAGCCAGCGUGACUGAAGAGUGUACCAGUGUUUCUUGUUCCGAUCUGGACAGCAGCCAGAUAGCACACACAAUCAAGUCUGCUAAUAAGGACACAAUAGGCUUCUUCAUUGCUAAAUUUAUGAAGAUGCAGGCCAGCUAACAGUAAUCAACUCUAAUUAAAACAAUCCAAAUUCUCGAUAUCCAAGACAAAAACAGAAGAUGGUGGGAAUUAAAAGCAGGUCAUUUAGCAUCGGUAGGGAAUUUAGAUCUGAUUGUUGAUGUUUAUAGCGUACAUUCAUUCAUUAGUGGUGUAAGAGUUUGUAGGUUCAUUGUGAACUGAAAACCUGAAGCUCAGUUGUGAGCAUCAUCGGUACAGUAUUCUUGUGAUGGCAGUUCAAAAGCAUUGUUGCUAUGGUAGCAAUAGAUUUUGCCAGCUGUUAAAUAGAGUCAUAAGCCGUGUGAUGAAAAGAUCAUUAUGGGCUUUUGCAUUUCAUAGACAACCCAAAUUGAAGUAUUUGGUUUAAACCACUUAUUCAUUUUAAAAAAAAUGUUUUGUAGAUGGAACGUACACCGUUGAAUCUGAAAUGUUUGUGCAUAAUGUCGAAUUUUAUGGGUUUCAAAUUA